ACGAUUUUCUGGACUCUGAAUUAUACCUGCCACAAUGUACCUCAUUUACUCUCUCCCCCUUCUUAUGCUGUGGGGGAGACCUACUUUCGCUGCGAGAUGGACCAUUGAUAGCGGUUGUGAUAAUGUACCAUUUUCGCAAAGGAGCCCGCUGAACGCAGUCGACGAGCUUAAGAAAGCUAUGGCAGAAGCCAUCACUAUGGCCGAAAAUGCAGUGAAGGUCUUGAACGAACACGCAGACGAUGAACACGUCUCAGGGAUGAUGAAAUUGAUAUAUGGAGAUGGUAAUGACUACCAGGCAAAGGUCGAUGAGACAAAAAGAAUUCUUGCAAACGUAGCUGGUUUCGAAAAAGAGAAAGCGGGCCCCGGCCCACUCGAUCAGGAAUGGCAAAAUACCAUGACUAACAACGAUGUCAUGAUCUUUUGCAGCAAGGACCGUUUCAAGCCCAAGCAAGGCAGUACCCAGCUAAUGGAUACUUCAAUGAAUAACAAACUCUUCUCCGCAUCAAGUUUCGACGACGACAAACUUCGAGGGGCAUGUUACAAAACCGACUAUGAUCUCAACAAUGUUAACGAGAAAAAACCGACUGCACUCACGACCCCCUCCGACCUCUUCGAUAAAAAAAAGUAUAACCAGGAUGGCAAACCCCCUGACAUGUCCCCAUACAUGGUCGCACAGCCAAAAGUCGCAGACACUAUUGAUAUCUGCCCGUGGCUUCUACAUCGCUCCGCCGGUCGAGGAUGGCCUAGAAUUGAUAAGGACCAGAUCACAAAGACGCAGCAGCCCGGGUUCAAAGAUGGCCUUUCGGAUAUCGCGCUCCCGGUUGAUGGUCUGGUCGAUACGGGAUAUACACUGCUUCAUGAGUUGACCCAUACGAAGCAGGGUGGUAGAACGAUUGACACUCUACCAGCAGACCGACCCGCCGGCGCUGAGUCAUGCUAUGGUUGGAAAUGUGUACAACUAAUCAAAGACCCCAAAAAUGCUGAUAACAUUGCCAAGGCGGGAAUGGCCCUCCAUCUCUGGACCAUGGGGUAUCAUGUUGACAAAGAUGGCAACGUACUAAACAAGUGAUUGGCAUGAGCGAAAUCCUAUUAUGCGAGGCCAAAAUGAGAAAGGGC